UCCACCAACAUUUCUGUUUCGUGCUCGCUUGAGUCACUUCUGCUCCUGUCCGUGCGCUUCGUACGUAGCUAGUCCGUGCGUGCGUGCGUGUGUGCGUGUGUGUGUGUGUGUGUGUGCGAGACUUGCGUCGUUCCGUUACCCGUGUGCCGUGUGCGAUACGAGAGAGAAGCCAUUUUGUUCCGUGCACGAAAACACCUCUCAUCGUUUUGGGUUUUUUCUUCGCGUUUAUAGUCCGUUUGCCGUUCCAACGAAUCGGUUUCUUUGUUUUCGCAGACGUCGGUGUCGUGUGCACGUCGAACAACGCUAUGGCUUGCGCUACGCUGAAACGGUCGCUAGAUUUUGAACCCCCUAUGUGCAGACCUACCAAGAGACAAAGGUGCACGCCUAUGAGUAUAUCGCCUUCGAGCUCUCCCCCAAACAGCUCUAGGUCCGAAUAUGUUUCGCCCCAUUUUGGCGGCGAUGUCGUACCAAAAAUCACGGCAGAAAUGUUAUCUGCUAGUUUAACUGAAGAAGUUCAAAGGAUGCGUCGCAAGCGUCAGCUUAACAUGGAAUUAUCAGAGAAUCGUAACUUGGAUGACAGUUCUUCAGAUAGUUCAUCUGAGAAUACAUUUCCAUCAUCAGCCAAAGACAAACCGCUCUUCACUUUUCGUCAAGUAGGUAUGAUUUGUGAACGUAUGUUAAAUGAACGUGAAAGUCAAUUACGUGAAGAAUAUGAUAAGAUUUUAAACAUGAAAUUAUCUGAGCAAUAUGAAGCUUUUGUUAAGUUUUCCAAUGAUCAAUUGCACAGACGUUUUGAAGCAGCUGAGGAUCCAAGCUAUUUGUCGUAACUCUACAAGAACUCCAAGCGAUGGUUUUGAAUUUACAACAAAAUUUUAGACGCACUUAAUAGACAAAAUAAUUAUUCAGCCUUAAGUCAACAAUCGACUGACUAACAAUGUUUUUUAUGUAUUAUACAUUUUUGUAAACUCGAUAUUAUUAAAUUAAUUUAAAAUAUAUGAAUUUCA